GGUGGUGGCGGCUGGCGAGGAGCAGAGGGGUGGGGGCCGCGGCCGGCAUGUGAAGCGGGGCAUCCCCAUCCCCGCGCCGGCAGCUAUCGGGUCAGCGGCCGCCCCUCGCCUCAGGCUUCGCCGUGACCCCGGCGGCUUUUUCCUCGGCCGCUCGGUACCCGGCCCUGCGGGGCCACCGCUCGCCAUGAAGAAGUUUUCUCGGAUGCCCAAGUCCGAGGGGAGCGGCGGCGGCGGCGGCGGGACGGCGAGCGUGGGCUCCGGCGGCAGCGGGGGGAGCGGCGUCGCCUUGGGCAAGGUGCUGGCCGUGGGGCGGUACCAAGUGACUCCCGAGGAGCUGCUGGCGGAAGGUGGCUUCUCAACUGUGUUUCUCGUGCGUACCCACAGUGGGAUACGUUGUGCUCUGAAAAGAAUGUGUGUUAAUAAUGUGCCAGACCUCAACAUAUGCAAGAGAGAAAUUACAAUUAUGAAGGAGUUAUCUGGGCACAAGAAUAUUGUGUGCUAUUUGGAUUGUGCUGUUAACUCAGUCAGUGAUAACGUUUGGGAGGUGCUCAUUCUCAUGGAGUACUGCCGAGCUGGGCAGGUUGUGAACCAGAUGAACCAGCGUCUGCAGACAGGUUUUACUGAGUCAGAAGUGAUGAGAAUAUUUUGUGAUACCUGUGAAGCUGUUGCCCGGCUCCAUCAGUGCAAAACCCCCAUAGUUCACCGGGACCUCAAGGUGGAGAAUAUAUUGUUAAAUGAUAGUGGGAACUAUGUUCUCUGUGAUUUUGGCAGUGCCACUAACAAGUACCUUAAUCCUCAAAAAGAUGGUGUUAAUGUGGUUGAAGAAGAAAUUAAAAAGUAUACAACACUGUCAUACAGAGCUCCUGAAAUGAUCAAUCUCUAUGGAGGAAAACCAGUUACUACCAAGGCAGAUAUAUGGGCACUUGGCUGCUUGCUGUAUAAACUCUGCUUCUUUUCACUUCCCUUUGGAGAAAGUCAAGUUGCUAUUUGUGAUGGAAGCUUUACCAUUCCAGACAAUUCCAGAUACUCACCUAGUAUACACUGUUUGAUAAGAUAUAUGCUUGAACCAGAUCAAGAACAGAGACCUGAUAUUUAUCAGGUAUCUUACUUUGCCUUUAAACUUGCCAAAAAGGAUUGUCCAGUGUCCAACAUUAAUAAUUCUCCUGUCCCUUCAACUCUUCCUGAACCUAUGACAGCUAGUGAGGCAGCUGCUAGAAAAAGCCAAAUAAAAGCAAGAAUAACAGAUGCUGUUGGACCAACAGAAACCUCAAUUGCACCUCGACAAAGACCAAAGGCCAACUCGAGCACUGCUGCUUCCAGCGUGCUGGCGAUCCAGAGCUCAGCUACUCCAGUCAAAGUACAAGUUCCUGGUGAAUUUGGUAAUCAUGGGCAAAAAGGAGCCCCGCGACCAGGGAACGGGCCAGAAGUGCUCCUGUCAGCAGGGACCAGCCAGCACCCCCCGCAGCAGAACCGGGUGCUGCAGCAGCUGCAGCAGGGGGACUGGAGACUGCAGCAGCUGCAGCACCAGCACCACCAGCCUGCACUGCAGGACACUUACCUACAGCAGUAUCAUCAAGCAAUGCACCAGCAGAUGGUCCAGCAGCAGCUGUUGAUGCAGUCUGCAUACCAGCAGCAACCUUCCCAGUCUCCAUACCCUGCUGUGAUGCAGCAAUAUCACCAGGCUCUCCUACAGCAGCAGAUGCUUGCUCAGCAGCAGCAGCGCUCACAACAGGCACAGUCUCCUGAAUAUAUCACUUCUCCUCAAGACUUCUCACCAGCCUUAAUCUCCUACCCUGGGUCUCUUCCAGUGCAUACUGGAGCAGUGGCAGACUCUCCCUACCCUGCCAGCAGGUCAGGUAUUCCUGAUGCUGAAACAGUUGCCAGUUACCCAAAGCAGAGCAUCAGUAACCCACCUGAUAUGUCAGGCUGGAACCCAUUUGGAGAUGACAAUUUUUCCAAGUUGACAGAGGAGGAGCUGCUGGACAGAGAAUUUGACCUGCUAAGAUCAAACAGGCUGGUGGACAGGAGAGCAUCUUCAGAUAAGAAUGUGGAGCCACAUUCUGCUCCACAGAAAAACCCUCCUGAAGAUCCCUUUGGUUCUGUUCCUUUCAUUUCUCACCCAGGUUCCCCUGGAAAACAAGUGGAUAACUCAGCCAGCAAUCAAGGAAAUAACUUGGGGACCCCAACCAAAGGUGGAAAACUGAGCCAUGCUUUUAGAGAUCCCCGGCCUGGGAAGAAACCUGCAGAGGGACAAGUGAUGAAAGGUGAUGAAUCAGAGAGUGAUUUUGAAUCCGAUCCUCCCUCUCCCAAGAGCAGUGAGGAAGAGGAAGAGCAGGAGGAUGAAGAAGUCUUGCAAGGAGAAAACGGAGACUUCAAUGAUGACAAUGAUACAGAACUUGAGAAUUUAGGCCACCGGCCUCUCCUCAUGGACUCUGAGGAAGAGGUGGAGGAAGAGGAGGAAGAGAAGCAAAGUUCUGACUCUGAUUCUGAUCGUACCAAACAAAAGUCUGUGGAAGGGCUCCUGAGCAGUAGGUUCAGAGAUGAUGCGGGCAGCAGUGAAGUCACUGAACUCAGUUCACUGCAUAUGCCCCCGUCUGAGGUGCCAAGUACUGUCAGAAAAACAAUCCCUGGCCCAGAAUUCGAUGUGUUUGGGGCAGUGCCCUUUUUCACUCUGCAGCCUCAGCAGAGAGAGAGGAUGGACAAAGAUGUUUCUUCUCAGAUGGCUUUUCCCUGCCUGAACCAAGACCAGGAUGACUUCGAUGUUUUCACAAAAGCCCCCUUCAGCAAAAAGGUGUCUCAGCAAGAUGCCCAGGUGGUGGGAACCGAGCCUCUGCUCUCCCCCACCUCCCCGCGAAGCGUCGACAUCUUUGGCUGCACCCCGUUUCAGCCCUCCCUUCUCCCCAGGAGCGGUGGGAGCAGAGAGGACCUGUUCGGGCUGGUUCCUUUCGAAGAGAUCACGGGGAGUCAGCAGCAGAAGGUGAAGCAGCAGCGGAACCUGCAGAAGCUUUCCUCCCGGCAGAGGCGCAUGAAGCAGGAGGGCUCCAAGAGCAACGGGAAGCGGCACCACGGCACCCCCACCACGGCCAAGAAGGGGCUGAAACCCAACUACCGCACCCCGGAGAGAGCCCGCCGGCACCGCAGGGCAGCCCGCAGGGACUCCCAGAGCAGCAACGAGUUCCUGACCAUCUCCGACUCCAAAGAGAACAUCAGCCUUGCCCUGACCGACGGCAAGGACCGAUCCAACCCUCUGCAGCCCGACGAGAGCCUGCUGGAUCCUUUCGGAGCCAAACCCUUCCACCCGCCGGACGGGAUGCGGCAUCCCCAGCACCAGGGCUGCGCUGAGCCCCGGGGGGACCACGGCCCGGGGGCUGCCAGAGCCAGGCAGAGCUCCUUGCACGCAGGAGAGGGGCUGAAAACAGAUGACUUUGGGGCAGUGCCCUUCACGGAACUGGUUGUGCAGAGUGCCCAGGGCCAGCAGCAGCUGCUUGAGUUAGAUCCCUUUGGCGCAGCUCCCUUUCCUUCCAAACAGUAAAUGCUUCCAGUGGGUUCCCCCACACCACCUCUCCCGGUGACUUCACAGAGGUUUAAUUAGUGGAGUAAUUUCUCUGGUUGAAUUGGCAGGGCCCCGGGUUGCCCAGGUUGUUCAAGAAGGCAUGGCCAGCUUGCACCAUGAAAUCUAAAUUUCUGCUGGGUUGUUCAAGGGUUGUUUUUCUGGGGGGGUUGGUUGUUUCU